AUGAGGAGAAGCCGCUGUCUCCAAUGACUGUAGAAGAAGAGGAAGAAGAAGAGAUGAAUCAAGAGCCUGAGGAGAUUAUGAUGGAGAUUCCGGUUGACGAAGGAAUUACUGAUAGCGAUGGAAAAGGUGAUGCCGAAGCAGCUGAGCCUCAAGAGAGAGUCGAAGCUACUAAAGAUGUGCAUACCAUUACUGAACUCAUCAGACCCGUUAGCUAUGCAGCAACUUUCGUCAAUGACAGGCAGGACGAUGUUUCAAUCACCUUUCUUGCCAAAACAGUAGUGAUGCAUUUCCCACAUUGUACUGUCCAUGCAUAUGCAUUUGCCUCAUUGUCCCUUGCUGCUGAAAUGGGUCGAGAUCCGACACCAAAUGAGUUACAUUUGCAUGUUCACACACAUGGUCAUGAUGGAAAAUCUUUCGUUGAUGAACGAUCCCAAAUCGUUCAUGAAAGAUAUGAAGAAAUAUUAUGAGAAAAAACAUUAUCUGAAUCUAAUAUUGAUAAAAAAGAAGGAUAAUACCAAGAUACCGGAGGAGAAAAGAAGCGAAGAGUAUUUGGUCUUGGAUUUGAAGCAAAAGGCUACUAUGAGCAAACUCUUUGUGUUU